UUCUGUUAUUCAGUGUCCAUGUCGUAAAUUCACGAAUAAACCACAUAUUUGUUAAAUCGUGUACAAACGUAACGUCGUGUCCUGCGUGGAGUUUUGAGUCCGUGUUUUCCCGCCACACCACGAGCUCGCAGGGACUGAGCAGUGGGGAAAACAAACAGGUCGAAGAGAGGAAGGUUGGUAGCCGGUUGGCUGUGGAGGUUGUUUAACGGCGAAUGAAUCGUGUUGUGUUGUCGGCUUUUGUCGGGUGCUAAUUCUAAGUUCUCUUACAGUUUUCGGUGCUUUUGAGUAAGGUGCAUUUAAGACGCUGUUGAGAGUCUUCGCCCUCUGAGUAUGUGGCCGCUUUCUAACAUUUUACCAGGGCUGUUGGAUAGUAUACCAGUUGCGGUUUCGUGUUUUUCUCGACGUUGUUUACCGGUUAUAAUUCGACGUCUCAUGCUUUAAAUUCACCGGUUCACCGGCUCCGAAUUCAGUGGGACACUUUUAAACAUGCAUACGAGGCGUUUGGUGAAGCGGUCGAUCCUCGGCAGCCGUGUUUAUGCGCCGAGUCCGACGGGGGACGGUGCCCCGGUGACAGGAGUGGUCCAGGCUGUCAAGCAGGAAAACAGAGACGUGUCGACCGCAGGAUCCCGGUGCAGCGUCUACACCGUGCUCCUGCAGGACGGGAGCCUCAAGGAGUUCUCCGAGGAAGAGAUAGCCGCGGGCUUCAACAACACUGCAGCCAAAGGACCGCUCAAGUCCAGCUUGAAGCACUGCUUCAGUAACGGAGCUCCAGAGAGUCACCAGGGUGAGGGCGGCUCCCUCAGCCCCGAGGCAGUGGAGGAUCAGCGGAUGGCGGACGGAAAGCGCGUUGGCCGGGACCCCGACACCCGAUCAGUGUCCCUGCUGGAGCAGAAACGCAAAGUGGUGUCCUCCAGCAUCGAUGUCCCUCAUGCCAGACGGUCGGAGGAGGAGGAGGUGGACAUGGACAAGGUGACCGCUGCCAUGGUGUUGACGAGUCUCUCCACCAGCCCGCUGGUCAGGAGUCCGCCUUUCAAAGUCAACGAAGGUCUGAGUGGUUCGUGGAAAGACAACGGCUCCGCUGGCCCCUUCACCCCCUCCAGUAACAGCUCCUCUGGGGGCUACUGGAGCUGGUCUGCCCCCAGUGACCAGUCCAACCCCUCCACACCCUCACCCCCGCUCUCCGCAGACAGCUUCAAGCCUUUCCGUGUGCCCAGCCUGGGGGGUGUGGGGAACGGCCCCGCGGGGCCUGAAGACCCCAGCCUGGACGAUCAGGACGGCAGCAGCCUGCUCUUCGAUGAGCCCAUCCCUCGCAAGCGCAAGAACUCAAUGAAGGUGAUGUUCAAGUGCCUGUGGAAGAACUGUGGCAAAGUGCUGAGUACCGCCGCGGGCAUCCAGAGACACAUCCGCACCAUCCACCUGGGGCGUAACUGUGACUCGGACUGCAGUGACGGAGAAGAGGACUUCUACUACUCGGAGAUCAAGCUCAACACGGACUCGGUGGCGGACGGGCUGAGCAGCCUGUCCCCCGUGUCCCCGUCCAUCCUCUCCCCUGUUCCUCCUCCCCCCUCUCCUCUCCCGUCAUUCAACCAGCUGUCGGACUCCCACAGACCUCCGCAGUCCUCUGACGCCAAGGAGCCUCACCCCGGAGGAACCACCCCCCUCAGCCGCUCUGCGCCCAGUGCUCUCUACCUCAUCCACACGGACCACGCCUACCAGGCCACAGCUCCAGUGUCCAUCCCGUCCAGCAACAGUAACUCCAGCGGGUCGGCCUGCACCAGCUUCACCCCCACCAACAGCUCCAACUUCAGCAUCUCCUGGCAGUCACCGCCCGUCACUUUCACCGGCUCCACGGUGUCCCCCAGUAAGAGCCAGGGCUUCGGUGAACAGCGCUCCCAAACCAUCGCCGUCCUCUCGUCCCCGCCCAGAGCCACCACCGCUCUCAGUCGGAAGGUGCGCGGUGAGGGGAAGAAGUGCCGUAAGGUGUACGGGAUGGAGAACCGCGACAUGUGGUGCACCGCCUGCCGCUGGAAGAAAGCCUGCCAGAGAUUCACCGACUGAACGUUCCUCACCAACAGCAAAGCGCCACGCCAACGUGCACGGCUGCCUUUGGCCAGAGAAAAGGGGGAGGGGCAUCGUUUUGCAUGCAUUUGGUUUUCUUCAGCUCAAAAUCGCAACUGUCCGUCAAACUCUGGCUCUGCCCCUGUGCCCCACCCCGCCCCCCCCC